AUGGGUUUCUUUAUCAAUGCUUUUCUACGAAACAAGAAUUCGACCGAUAUUGAUCGUCGAUACUGUACUCGGGAGGUGCCUAUGAAGGUUAUCAUGCUUGGAUUCCCACGUACGGGCACGCUGACCAAUGCGGCGAUUGUAGCAUUGACAACUGCACUGAAGCUGCUCGGUUUCAACAACGCUUAUCAUGGCCGAGAUGCAUUGACCUUCAAUCCUCGUGACUGUGAGCUUUGGUGGAAAGCGCUAAGGGCGAAGUAUGAUGGAAAAGGAAAAGAGUUUGGUCGCAAGGAAUUCGACCAGCUUCUGGGUCAUUGCCAGGCCGUUUCUGAUAUCCCUGCGAUUUGUUUUGCCGAAGAGCUUAUCGCAGCAUACCCAAAGGCCAAAGUCAUUUUGACAGUGAGAGACGUGGACGAGUGGCAAGAGUCUGUGAGAAAGUCAAUCAUGAAGCAGGUCAAUGACCCAUUCGGAAUUCCAAUGGUUAUUCUGGAUCAUCUCCUCCAAAUGCCGUGGCGGUGGGUUCGACCAGUAUUCCUCAAGUCCAGAAAUGUGCUCUGGGGCGAUGACUUCGAAAAGAACGGGAAAAAAGCCUUUGAGGCCCACUACAAGAAGAUCCAAGCCAUGGUGCCCCCAGAAAGACUGCUUCUUUACCACGCCAAAGAAGGGUGGGAGCCUCUAUGCAAGUUCCUCGAAGUCCCAGUUCCUGAAAGGCCAAUGUUAAAUGUGAACGACUCCAAAAUGUUCAACCAAGGAUUCAUGGCAAAGAAGGUGUACCACCUCACCCAGUACCUUUGGAGGAUUAUUGAGAUUUCUGCGUUUGCGUCACUUGUCAUGUUUCUUUGGGUAUUCUCCCAAGGUGGACCUCUUCCUUGGCAUUGA